GGCUCUGUACAUUGUUAACUGAUUAGUUAUUUAUUAUUAAGAUGAACUAACUUUAAUCUAAGUUUUUGUGUGUUAAAUAUAUAAAAGUGUCUACCAUUUAAUUUCCUGACCAGAAGUCUUAAUUGUUUCUCAUGGUAGGAAGAAGUGGAGCUUAUGACUCGAAAACUAUUAUUAUACCUAAUUUUGACCACAUUUGUGCAAUAGUAAUUUGUUGUCUCUUAAUUUCUUAAUUAUUCCGACACCAGCCAACCUUCAUCAUUUUUGUUAAUUUACCCUUUCUCCUCCAAUUUACACCUUAAAUAUUUAUCUUUGAUUGUUGUUUGGUCCAUUUCUUCCUACUUUAAACCAUCUUUUUGUUGUUUUUUUUUCAUUUCCCUUUGGAUUGUAUUGUUUUUUUGUUAUAUUUGUAACUGCCUGUCACACCAUCUUUAAAUCACCACCAUUGAUCACCAAAGAAUCUCCGUUUAUCCCUUUAUUUUGAUCAUCUUCAUAAAAAUUGAGAACUAAUUGGGACCCUAGAAGGAAGCAAAGUCAAUUAAAAAGAAAUUUUUAGUUUUUUAAAACACAACCGACUCUCAAAUCAGUUCUCAACACAAUUCCAUCAGCACUUAACAAACCCGAUCUAUUGGUUUCCGUAAGCUUGUCGUGGAGCAAAUAAAGAAUCUUAAACGUGUCUUGUCUGUGUUGACUCACCUUAAAAAAUUUUCCAUGGAUUCAGCAUCAAUUGAUUCAAAUAGUAACACCAUCGAUGAAGCUAGUAACGUUAAAUCUGAAUCAACCAGUGGUUCAUUUGAAGAACGAGUUAAAGUAGAUAGGAAAAAGUUUGAACAGAUUAUAAACGGCGAGAACAAAGAACUUGGAUCUGCAGAAGAGUUCUUCAAUGAAAUCAUGGCUGAAACAAAUACCAUUAUCACAUGGCCAAUGAAAUUAAAGCCAGGAACUAAAUCUAAGAAGGAUCCACAUAUCCGUAUUACUGGUGCACAAGAAGAUAUAUUGAAUGCCAAGGAUAAAAUUCUUGAUCACUUGGAUAGUCGCAAAAAUCGUGUUACCCUUAAAAUGGAUGUUGCUUAUACCGAUCAUUCUCACAUUAUUGGUAAAGGUGGUCGAUCCAUUCAAAAAGUAAUGAAUGAAACUGGUUGCCAUAUUCAUUUUCCUGACUCUAAUCGGACCAACACCAUUGACAAAAGUAAUCAGGUUAGCAUUGCUGGUACUGCACUGGGUGCAGAGCAAGCUAGAUGUCGAAUCCGGGAACUCUUACCGCUGAGCGUACAUUUUGAGCUUCCCAUCGCUGGUUACAAUAAAAUGGAAAUGUUUGACCACACUUCACCAGCCAUUCAAACAAUUCAACAAACUUACGGUAUCUCUAUCAACAUUCGAAUAAUUGGUAAAAGCAAUGUUUUUGGAAAUUUUGGUUCUUCUUGUGCCAGUUAUGCAUCCAUUUCAGUUCGAGGUACCCGUGCUCAAUGGUUAGCCAUGAAACAAGGUAUUGCGGUUUUGAUUGAAUAUCUCUGUGGCCAUCCUAUGACCAACAACUCUCCUACUAUACUUUUCACCUUGGUGAUUGACAUCGCUUCUCAACAUCAUUCUUUUGUUAUGGGUCGAGGAAAUGUCAACAUUCGGUCUAUCAUGCAAUCUACGGGUGUUGUUAUUAAUUUCCCUGAUCCAGUAGCUGUUGAAAAUACUACGAUGACAACUCUUCAUGGUUCCUUAACAGUUAGAAAAUCAACUGUUAUGAUUAAAGGACCCUGCUUUGAUUCUGUUGUCCUUGCAUGGCAAGAACUUUUGGGCUAUCUUCCACUAGUUCUUAUUUUUGACUUGAAAGAAGGCCAACAGACGGAUGCAGCUUUGAUAACCCAAUUGAUGAAGGAUUACGAAGUUACCAUACUAAUUAAACAGAAACCUAAACAAAAUUCUGGUAGAUGCAUGACUGUUCGGGGAGCAGAACGUGAUUCACGUAUGCUUUUUGAAGUUAGAAGGCAAAUAUUGGAAUUAGAUGAGAGUGAAGUUCCUAAUUGUUGUGAUAAACAUACCAUUAUGAUGAUGGCCAAACUUUUUUCUUCACUUAUACCUCAUUGUACCCUUAAUCCAACAAGCAUGAUGACAAUGAAGGGUGGAUUUGGAUCGGCUCUUAAUCCCUCUGGUUGUUUACCUAAUAAUGGUGGACUUGGUGGACAAGUUAACGGGCUUCUUAACUGGCCAUCUAAUGAUUACUCAAGUGUUGGCAAUUUUCCAAGUUUUGCCGCUGCCGCUGCUGCUGCUGCCGCUUCAACUAAUGUUCCUUCACAGUUAGGACCUAAUGGAUUUUUACAAGCCAUGCUAGCUACUCAAUUGACCAAUUUUGCUGCUGCAGCAGCAGCCAAUCAACAACAGCAACAGCAAAUCUCUGCUCAACCAAAUACUCCAUCUUUUAACAUUGAUAUGUUGAAAAAUAGUUCAGAUAAUAGGAAUGGAAAUGGCUGUAUACAAUCCGCUCAUAACUUGAUGUCCACCUCAACAACACCUACCAUGAAUCAAUCUUGUCUUACGACUUCCAGUAUGAAUUCACCCAAUAGUGGAAGUGAAACUUCAGCUCCAUCACCCCUUGAUCUUUCCCCUCCACCUAACAGGAGUCUUUCUGCCAUUUUUGGUAACUUUUCAGUCUCUGAUAAAUCAACAGCUUUUCCAUGGCCAGAGCCUAGAAAAUUGGAUUACGACGAGCGUAAAUAUUUGGCUGCUAAAGCAGUUCGUGAAGCCAAACCAAAAGCAAGUGAACCUCGAACUCCGACCCCAUCUUGGGCAGGAUUUGGUUUUUCUAAAUCAAUGCCUCACGAGCUCCUUAAAAGUCGACUUGAUAGUUGCCGUGCAACAGAAAAAUUGACACCAGUCGAAGAGUCUCCCGAUGAGCUUAACAAUCCGAACAACAGUCUUCUCACUAAUAGCUCUUUAACCAAUGAUAUGUCUCUUCAAUCGUCAUUCUGGGAAUCGACGAAAUACCCAACUUCAAACGGAUUAAAAACUUUACGUAAACAACAAAGUUUUGACUUUUCAACUUGCACUGGAAGCCUCUCUCUUGGUUCUUCAAUGCCCUCCAGUUCUUCACUAUUCAGUAACAGUUCUAACAGUAGUAGCAACCUAUUUGAUCCCAUCUCCUCCUCCUCACGAAGUAAAUCGGGCAGCAUAAGCUCAGGCUAUGGUAGUCCAGCGAGUAAUAGUCUCGAUUUAGCGGAGGUCUUAACCCGUUUGGGCCUUGCAAAGUAUAUUGAUUAUUUUCAACGUGCUGAUAUCGAUUUUAAUACUUUCUUAAAUUUUAACGACGCCGACCUCGAAGAACUUGGUAUACCUUACUUUGGACGCCGGAAGCUAUCAAGUGCUAUACUUGAUUGUAAACGAGCCCUUAGGGAACAAGGAUCACUUUCACCGUUUAACCAUUUUGAAGCUGCUCCGGGCGCAGAGAGAAGCCGAAAAGUGAAGAACAUUGUUUAGAAAUUGAAUUAUUCUCGUUUUCACCUUAAAUUUUUUAUGUGUUAACCUUAACCCCUUAACCUUGUUUUCAACAUGAUUGAAUAAAUGAUUUUAAUAAUAAACUUUACCAUUUACUGGUUAAAAAAGUUGAACAAUUUUGUAAACAGGUAGAUCAAUAAGCAAAGUUAAUCAUCAUUCGCUGAUGAUAUACCUGAAGAAAAAAGAAAUAAUUGUAAGCCUAAAUUAGCAUUUAUCUUGUUUCCUACAUUUUUGUAUGUUCCUACUUUUGUUUCAUUAUAUUUGUUUAACUUUAUCCAACAACAAGAGCAACUAAUUAACAAUUUGAUCAUUUAGAGAUGCAUGAAUACUAACACAUCAAUCAAUUGUUUAUUUAAUGUUUAGACAUUAAAACUGCAUAAAUCGUCACAUUUAGAGUAUUUAUUCGUAUU